AUGGACUCGAAGAAAAGCAAAAAGCACACCCGACGAAACUCUUUUGAUAUAUCGGGACACAAUCCGGAAAAACAGGAACAACCCUGGAUGAUGAAUGCCUCUUUGAAACCGGCAAAGUCCACACGACAAGUUUCCGAUACUACAAGCACUACUAGUCCAAAAAUCGUACGAUCGCCACGAAAGACACCCAACAAGUACGCUUCCAAAUCGGCGUCGGCCGAUGUCCUGAUGGGAGACGAAAAGCCAGAAUGGAUGAAGUCGGCCGAGAAACUACGGAAAAAGAAAAAGCCAGUCAUCAACCACGAAGCCAACAAUCCGGCGGCACCACCGGCCGAAGAUUUGCCCGAAUGGAUGACACAACGGUCCAAAAUACAACAACAGCAACAACAAAAGACUUCAUCACCCGAUGAAAAGAGUCUGCGAGGGUCCACCAAUUCCAUCGCAUCAACUACUAGUACAGCCAAUGAAGACGAACAACAACAACCCGCAUGGAUGAUUCAACGAUCCAAAAUAAAACAAAAGACGGAUCUCACGCCUCCUCCUUCUCCCACCAGGAAAACCAACAAUGCAGGCGACAACAAACCGGAUUGGAUGAAACAUCACUUGGUACCGGAACCGCGCAUCAGCAUUGACGACUUGAAAACGUCCAUUGUCCAGGAAAAACUCGAACUACGAGAACCCAUACGACAAGCAUCGAUUCGACUCACCAAAGAAGAACUCACUGACAAUGUCGUCAAACAAAAACUAGAAAAACGACCCAGUAUUGUCGAUCACCGAAAGUCACAGGUCAAACCGGAAGAAAUGGAAUGGAUGAAGAAAAAACUCAAAAAAUCCACAGCAACGUCCCAACCAGAAACGUCGUCACUCAAAAAAGAACCAGCAGACGACAAAAAACCGGAAUGGAUGAAACAUCGAGACAAAUUGAUACCUCGUGUCAGUGCUCAAGAAUUGCAAAAGUCCGUCGUGCAAGAAAAACUCCACAGCCGCGGACCCAUUCGAGAAUCGUCCUUGCGCAACAUUUGCAAGGCCGAAUUGACCGAUAACAAAGUCAUGACUAAAUUGGCACAGCGGCCCGCAGUCUACUCGACAAUAAAGUCGAUCAUCCAGACGGAGAAUAUGGAAUGGAUGAAAUACGGAAUACGUGCCCAAGAGCGUGCCACGACGCCAGACGACCACGGGUGA